UCAUAGCGUAGACUUACCUCUCAAGCUCUCUAGAAAUUAGCGAGGAGAUUUUUCUUGGGAGGUUUGGCACUCACUCUCCUUAAGCAUAACGCCAAAAAACGCAUUCUUUCUUUCUCCCACUUCUACUUUACUCUCUCUCUCUCUCUCUCUCUCUCUCUCUCUCUCUCUCCGUAUGAAGUUUUCAGAGCAUCAGUGAUAUUUGUGUUAUUGGGUUCGAGACUUGGAGUUGUUUAGAGAAAUGGGUACGUGUGCUUCGGCUCAUAGGGAAUCCGGGUCGGCCAUGAAACUCGGAAUGUCUUUCGGGUCCAAACCGGACAAGCUCUCCUCUAUUCUACCGUCCCCGGUCAAAGAGAAACCGUCGACAAACGGUGGCCGUCCGAUCAACGAUGAAUGGUCGCCUGCUCGCCCCACAGCCACGGCUUUCCGAGACUACGCAGGUAGUAAAGAUGAGGCCUUCUUUGAUUCCAAGCCUUGGUUGGACUCAGAUUGUGAAGAUGACUUCUACAGUGUCAAUGGUGACUUUACUCCAUCUCGUGGCAACACUCCGGUCCAUCAGAACUUCUCUCGUGUCAACAAAACUCCUUUUGAGAACAGAAGUCCUGUUUCUAUUCCUGCUCCAUCUCCAAUGCAAAAGAAAAAGAAACUUGCUGAUCUCUUUCGCGAGAGCUUCAGAGAUGGUGAUGAUGUUGAUGAUGCAACAGAUCACUCAGGUGAUCAAACCAUGACUAAUGGAAAGAUGGAAGUGAAGCCCACCACCCAAGACCUCCCUCCAAAAUCUCUGAAUGGUACUCCUAAUGUUUCUGGUAGCGAAAGGACAGCCAAUGAAUAUGUAACUGAAGACAGACCAAUUAAAUCUACACAAUGCUGCCUUCCUACCUUUGUUUCUUUUCGCAGCUCUAGUCAGAGGGGGAAGAUGAGCCCUACCAUUGCUGUAGUUGACAAAGCUUGAUUCUGACACCGCAACACAAUGUAAAUGAAGAAGCCAAGUCCUUGCUAUGACACUGAACGUCUACCUCCAUAAUUUGUGAAGUCCAUGAAAUCCCCGCUGUUGAAAUUAAGAAUUUUGGGCAGGAGGGCAUGUAAAGAGUAAAAGAAAGAUUUCCUAUGAGAAUUUAUCGCCUUUGUAGUAGAUACAAAUAGAGAGUUCUCGUAUCAAAAAUUUUCAAGUUGCAAUUGCC